AUGGCGCUCAACAUUAUUAGGAAGCGCAUCGCCUAUUAUGGCAGAGGCGAUCUGAUCGACGCACUGCCGGCCCACGAUUUGAUGAAUUGGGUGCCUCAUCCUGCAGCAACACCGCCGACAGCGCUUGUGAUUGGUACCCAUGACAGACGCGACAUCCUUGCCUUCAUGGAAAGCUCUGGUGGUAGCCCACCCAGGGUGCAAUAUUGCUUCAAGCCAGCCAAUCGUCGGCUCGAUGCAUCCACAACACAGCCUCUUACGCUAGACGAGGUGGUGCAAUUGCCACUCAAUGCGCCGUUCAGGUACAACGCCGACACUUCUGAGUCGGUAAAGAGCAACUUCGGUAUCGUCAUUCAAUGGUACUUCAUAGGCAUUUUCGAGCUUGAAGUUGAUUAUGUCAAGUAUUGCCCGCAACUCUACAACGCACUGCAGAAGAUUGAUGCAAAGAAACGCGCUGAAAAGGAAUCUGAAACGUCGGAACCUGAAGAACCCAGAGGCGCGCAAGAUCAACGUCCAAGUCACCGCAGCCAUACUGGUAUAGAAGAAGCAAGGAUAGCCAGACAGCUCGUUACCCCAGUAAAAAGCCCAUCAGUCAGCAUGAGCGACGAUGAGCAUUCUGAUCUGGACAAGCUGCACAGUUACUUGGGUUCAUAUGGCGCGCUUUACUUGCUGAAAAACCUACCUGACGUAGACGAGGUUCAGUUCGUGAACCAGGACUUCUUUCUUGAUGCCCUGCCAAGAAAGCUCUUUAUGGGCCGCCAUAAAGAACAAGGCAACGACAUCUAUGCGUAUAUGCGAAAGUCACGCGAAUUUCACGAGAUCAAAUUCUAUAUCGAAGAUACGCACGCACCCUCGAAGACAACCAUCCGCUCUGAAGACGUUGCUAAACAGUGUAUCCUACACCCAUUUAACAAAACCUAUCCAGAAGGUACUCACAGCAUCGGCCAAGGCGAGAAAGCUCGACUCACACUUGUGGUAAAGUGGUACUUCAUUGCAGCCGGAAUAGCAAAGGAUUGUGUGCUCAGAGAAACAAAGGCUUAUCCUGAGCGUUUGCGGAGCGCGCUUGAAUACAUCGCUAAGCGGAUGGGGGCUGCUUCCGUCAGAACACCCCUCGUUGGGUACGAACGGCAAACUGAGCCUGAGACUACAUCAGAAGAGGCAAGCCCAAUCAUCGAUGAUAAUCAUAUCCAAUUCACUCCCGCCGAGGUUACACCCAAUCCUUUAUCAUCGCCCAUCACAUCUAGAACUGCUCCUCCGCGCCCGUCAACUGCUCACGCGGAGCAACUGAAUAAUCCCUCCAACGCCGUCGACGCUCCAGAAUUGCGAGGCACAAAACGCACCGCCGAGGAUGCAGAGUUCGAAGACCUCGCCAAGAUAGUCUCUCAAGCACUUACUGCGGAUCGGGACUUCGCGGAUCAAAUUGACGACAUCGACAAGCAGAUUGAGCUGUUGCAGACGCAACGUAGGGACUUAGUAGAGGAGAGGAAGGAUGCGAAGAGGAGGUUCACGAGGCAGACUUUGGCGAUUGCAUCGAGGAUGGAUGGAUAG